UGCCGGGUGUCGGGCACGGGAACUCCAUUUCCCAAAGUGCCCCGCGGGACCCUAGCUCCCAGAGCGCCGCGCGAGUGGUCUGAGAGUGGGGACUCCACUUCCCAGAGUGCCCCGCGCUGCCCGGCGCUUACCGGACCCGGACGCUGGGGCCUGCUCCGGGCGUCCGGGCAGCGGGUUUCGCCCGGAAGGCGGGUUUCUCCCGGACGGCUUCCCGGUGGGGACGGCGGCGCGAUGGACAGCCCCGAGGUUACGUUCACGCUGGCCUACCUGGUAUUUGCCGUGUGCUUCGUGUUCACUCCCACCGAGUUCCACUCGGCCGGGCUCACGGUGCAGAACCUGCUGUCGGGCUGGCUGGGCAGCGAGGACGCUGCCUUCGUGCCCUACCACCUGCGCCGCACGGCCGCCACGCUGCUGUGCCACUCGCUGCUGCCGCUCGGCUACUACGUGGGCAUGUGCUUCGCAGCCUCAGAAAAGCGGCUCUACUUUCCCAGCCAGGCCCCGGAGAUCUGGCGGGUCUUCCUCCUGCUGGCGGUGCUGCUGCCCACCAUUGCCUGCACCCUUAUCUACUACUGGUCCCGGGACCAGUGGGCCCACCACCCCCUGGCCCGCACCCUGGCCCUCUAUGCCCUCCCACAGUCAGGCUGGCGAGCUGUCGCUUCCUCCGUGAACACUGAGUUCCGGAGGAUUGACAAAUUUGCUACGGGGGCUCCGGGUGCCCGGGUGAUUGUGACGGACACAUGGGUGAUGAAGGUGACCACGUACCGUGUGCACGUGGCCCAGCAGCAGGAUGUGCACCUGACUGUGACGGAAUCCCAGCAGCAUGACCUCUCGCCAGACUCGAAUCUACCUGUGCAGCUGCUUACCAUCCGCGUAGCCAGCGCCAGCCCUGCUGUGCAGGCCUUCGACAUCCGGCUGAACUCCACGGAGUACGGUGAGCUGUGUGAGAAACUCCGGGCACCCAUCCGCAGCGCGGCCAACGUUGUCAUCCACCAGAGCCUGGGCGACCUGUUCCUGGAGACAUUUGCCUCCCUGGUGGAGGUCAACCCGGCCUACUCAGUCCCCAGCAGCCAGGACCUGGAGGCGUGCAUCGGCUGCAUGCAGACACGUGCCAGCGUGAAGCUGGUGAAGACCUGCCAGGAGGCGGCGGAGGGCGAAUGCCAACAGUGCUACUGCCGCCCCAUGUGGUGUCUCACCUGCAUGGGCAAGUGGUUCGCCAGCCGCCAGGAUCCGCAGCGCCCGGACACCUGGCUGGCCAGCCGAGUGCCCUGCCCCACCUGCCGUGCGCGCUUCUGCAUCUUGGAUGUGUGCGCUGUGCGCUAAGCCUGUCGGCCUUUCUGGGGACACCACAGGCUCUCUUUUCCCAGCGUAGCAACUCACCUGCUCCCCGAAGCUGCAGAGGGACCAGGGCUUUUGUUUUAAAAAGAAGUUUCCUGCUGCAGUUCUGUCUGCGGCAGUGGGACUGGUCUUCACUGCCUCUGCCUCCACUCUCCGUUCCUCUGGGUAGGGGAAGGUGCUGGACACAGGACGUGCUAUCGGUUCCAUCUCC